GACAUUAGGGAGCGCCGCCCGAAGUCGUGACGUAGAAUCACUGCGCUAAGGUGACACGGUCGGCAGCUGCACCAAAAGCAGGGAGCACCCCCCCUUUCCUGCCCCCCCACCGGCGAGAUGUGGGUGGCUCGGCAUCUGUGGCUCCGCAGGUCUUGCGCUCAAACUCGCUUCCUUUCAGCCGCUGCCGCUGCUCCGGAGUCGGCACCUCCCAAGAAAACAAAGUUUGGGCCCCUGAAGGAUCAGGAUCGUAUCUUUACAAAUCUUUAUGGACGACAUGACUGGAGGCUGAAAGGGGCUUUGAGCCGUGGUGACUGGUAUAAAACUAAGGAAAUCUUGCUGAAAGGUGUUGACUGGAUCUUGAAUGAGAUAAAGAUUUCAGGCCUAAGGGGCCGUGGAGGGGCUGGCUUCCCCACAGGUCUCAAAUGGAGCUUCAUGAAUAAGCCCCCAGAUGGCAGACCCAAGUACUUGGUGGUAAAUGCAGAUGAGGGGGAGCCAGGAACCUGUAAGGACAGGGAGAUCAUGCGUCAUGACCCCCAUAAGCUGGUGGAGGGCUGCCUUGUAGCAGGACGGGCUAUGGGAGCCCGAGCUGCCUACAUCUACAUUCGCGGGGAGUUCUAUAAUGAAGCCUCAAACUUGCAAGUGGCAAUCCGAGAGGCCUAUGAGGCAGGACUGGUGGGCAAGAACGCUUGUGGCUCCGGCUAUGACUUUGAUGUCUUUGUGGCAAGAGGGGCAGGUGCCUACAUCUGUGGCGAAGAGACCGCACUCAUUGAAUCCCUUGAGGGCAAGCAGGGGAAGCCACGCCUCAAGCCUCCUUUCCCAGCUGAUGUGGGGGUUUUUGGUUGCCCAACUACAGUGGCCAACGUAGAGACAGUUGCAGUGGCACCUACCAUCUGUCGUCGAGGGGGUACCUGGUUUGCUAGCUUUGGACGUGAGCGUAACUCUGGAACCAAGCUUUUCAAUAUCUCAGGCCAUGUCAAUACACCCUGUACUGUAGAAGAGGAGAUGUCAAUACCACUGCGUGACCUCAUCGAACUCCAUGCAGGGGGUGUUAGAGGUGGCUGGGAUAACCUGCUUGCUGUGAUUCCGGGAGGCUCAUCCACUCCCCUCAUCCCCAAGUCAGUAUGUGAGACAGUGCCAAUGGAUUUUGACGGAUUGGUGCAGGCACAGUCUGGGCUUGGGACUGCAGCUGUCAUUGUCAUGGACAAAUCGACAGACAUAGUUCGAGCCAUUGCACGUCUUAUUGAAUUCUACAAGCAUGAGAGCUGUGGGCAGUGCACACCGUGCCGAGAAGGUGUUGACUGGAUGAACAAGGUGAUGUGGCGGUUUGUGAGUGGCAAUGCACAAGUGGCAGAGAUUGAUUCCUUAUGGGAAAUUAGCAAACAGAUUGAGGGACAUACCAUCUGUGCUCUGGGUGAUGGAGCUGCUUGGCCUGUGCAGGGACUGAUUCGUCAUUUUCGUCCGGAGCUGGAGGAACGAAUGAGACAAUAUAAUGCAUCUAAGGCACAGCAGGCAUCUGGAUGAAUAGCUAGAACACCCACCUUACUCAAGUCACUCCUAUGAUUGGGUGAACAGGCCAGUCGCUGUUGUGGCCUUGGGUAUUGGGAACGCAGUGCACCUAUGUGAUCCUGUCAUACUGGUGACAGCCUGCCUCUGUUACUGUUUUUCUUUUGCUUCUUUACAGUACAAAUUAUCUAUUAAAGCCCUGUGACUUUC